UUUUUUUUUUCGGAAGGGGGCAGCGGGUCGUGAACGAGGAGGUUGAUUCUGAAGGGGUCGGGGAUUGGGAGUGUGAGUUGAGAGAAGUGAGGACCCUCAGAGCCGUGAGAAAGGCCUCCGACGUAGGAGAGCAGCAGCAGCAGCAGCCACAGACAGACCAUCUGCCGUCCGGUUCUACUCCAACCUCCUUUUCCAGAGUUCUUUCAACCCUCGACGCAUAAGACGCCUACCAGUAAGACGCACCACCAGCCGAGAACACCUCCGGCAUUCAACCCCGUAGGAGUGUCGUUUACCGAACAACGAACAUCUGUAAUUUGGGAAGGGGAGGGGGCCGCAAUGUACACGCUCUUCACGGGCCUGUACAAGCAAUGGACGCAAAAGGAGGAAUUCUACGUGAUCAUCUUGGGGCUGGAUAAUGCGGGGAAGACGACCCUCCUGGAAAAGAUAAAAUCCAUAUUCCUCGGCGUCCCCGGCCUCCCCCCCGAAAAGAUCGGGCCAACCGUCGGUCUAAACAUGGGAAAAGUGGAUAUCGCCUCCACCCGCCUGACGUUCUGGGACCUCGGCGGGCAACGCGAGCUGCACAGCAUCUGGUCCAAAUACUACUCGGAAUGCCACGCGAUCGUGUUUGUAGUCGAUGCGUGUGAUCGGGAACGGUUGGAGGAGGUGAAAACUUCCUUCGAAAGCGUGAUAACCAACGAUGAGGUGGAAGGCGUCCCCGUGCUGAUGCUGGCCAACAAGCAGGACGUGCCGUCCGCGAUGCGGAUGCAUGAGAUCAAGGAGGUGUUCAACCCGAUUGCGGUGCAGUUGGGGGCGAAGGAUAGUAAGGUGCUUGGCGUGUCGGCUUUGAAAGGGGAUGGAGUGAAAGACGCGGUGGAUUGGCUGUUUGUCCGGCUGCAGCGGAAUAAAGUGAAUAGACCGCCGGUGUUUACUGCAUGAACCCCCACGCGGAAUCUCGGGGGUACGGCGUCCGCCAUCUGUAUAUAUCACAUCUUCUUUACAAGCGGGAUACAUACAGUAUCUUCCCUUUUUGGGCUCAACACCACUCCCUCGGGCCGCCGUCUGAUGACCGAUAUACAGGUUUAUGGCAAAUGUGCAGCAGUGGUUGAGAACCGGCCACCCCUAUCAUACUGUACAUCUAUCUACCACUACUCUACCCCAGCCGUUCCCAGCCCCUCUCCCGUCACACCCCCAACCUCAACCUCAACCUCAACCCUCCCCUCCCCCGUCCCCUCUCCCCCCUCCUCAACAAACACCCCCCUCCCAUCCCGCCGCAC